UCAUGGUUCUCAUGGCUGUUAAUUUCGGUUUUCUAGACCGGAAAACAAUAAUUAAUACGUGAUAAUAUUCUUUAAAGAGUAAGUCAUAAACAAAAUGAAUAAAGCCGUAAAAUGUAACUCAAACAAUGCAAAAUGUUGCCUAAAACAGCUGUGGAUAUUCGUUGAUCGAGGUCUGCUAAUGGUGGGCUUAUCGUCUGGGGAAAACUGCUGUAGCCAGCAAUUGACACUUUGAAAUUUAUGAAAAAUGAGUAGUUAUACCUUCUUGUGAAAACAAUGGUUCAGAUCAGAUGGAAGCUGACAACUAUCCCAGGUACCAUCCGGGAUUCUGUAAGAUGGCAAUGGAGAAAAAUAAAUCUGUCAAUAUACUCCCUUUUCUACAAUCAUUUUAUGGACCAGGGUUAUAUAGCCGAUGUGUGUAUGGAGCCCAUGUUUUGGUUUGUAGACAACUUCACCAAAUUUCUUGGCCCUUUCUUUGUUGCAUCUGUGUGUGGAUUGACAGCUUCAGUCGUGGCUAUUGCAUACUGGAUUGGACUUCCCUACUGGUGGAACAAGAGUCCAUGGGUGACAGUACUGCUGAUAAUUGUUGGUCACUGGCUUUUAGUCAACAUCUGUUUUCAUUAUUAUAUGGCAGCUAACACUCUUCCGGGGUACCCACCAGAGGGUGCCCUCAUUCCUGAAGCUGCCAGCAUAUGUAAAAAAUGUAUAGCACCAAAGCCACCACGAACACAUCAUUGCUCCGUGUGCAACAAAUGUGUUCUCAAGAUGGACCACCACUGCCCUUGGCUAAAUAAUUGCAUUGGCCAUUACAAUCACCGUUACUUCUUUCUAUACAUGGCAUACAUGUGUUUGGGCGUGCUUUUCCUGAUCAUUUUUGGAUUCCAACUUGCCUACAAUGAAGUGUGGGUUGGAGUAGAUGAGAUUGAUGAAGAUGAUGAAUCGCUUAUUGAGGGCCAUCCAGUUCGUAUUAAUAAUUCUGUCCUCAUUCCUAUGACAGAGUUGAUGGCUAGCAUUGGUAAUGUGUCCAUACUUGAAACAACGCAGCUGUAUGAGGGACGCUCAUUACGACAGAAUUGUCUUCUAUAUAUGGCUUUCAUAAAUACAGGAGUGUUAAUUGCAUUAGGUGCUUUAACACUGUGGCAUGCAAGGUUGAUCAGCAGAGGGGAAACAAGCAUUGAAGCAAACAUUAACAAGGCUGAAACAAAACGAUUGGCAGAAAGGAAUAAGGUGUACAUAAAUCCUUACAAUUUUGGGCGGCGAAAGAACUGGCGACUGUUUCUUGGAAUAGUGAGAGGAAGAACAUGGAGACAUGUGUUGCUGCCAUCCCCACACAAGCCGAUAGGUGAAGGUCUCACGUGGCACACUGUGCACUCAGAUACAGAGGAUGACUUGGAAGAGGAGGAGGAGGAGGAGGGAGGGGACAGGAACAGAAGAGGGUACAUGAAAGACCCCUGAUAUACAUUUUGAGGAAAGACAAAUGCUUUGUCUAUCCUCAUGAUUCCUACUUAUGUUGCAGUGACAGUGUCAACUCCUCUUGGGCACACAUGAGCGCUUGAUGAACCAGAUGUGUUUUCUGUAGCCAGCUGCAUGUGUUCUGCUGUUUGAGAAUAGCGGCAGUCAUACACAAAAAUGUCCAGAACUUCUAGACAUGCCUUUAGUGCACUUGUCAAGCACACUACACUCAAGGCAACUCAAGGCAGUGUCUCUACUGCAACGGUGAAUUUAUCACUUCUCUAUCCAUAUAUGUUGAAUGAAUUGUUAAUGUUCAUCAUGAAAUGCUGAAAGUUUGGUGAAAGCACGAAUGAAUUAUUUGCAGCACAAGGGUAUGCUUGUACUAUCGCCAGUCACACUGUGCAACCUUUUUCUGUGUUCAUUCAUGUAGGAGUUAUUUCCUCCACUAGAUGGUAGUGGAAUACAAGGAAAUUCUAAAUCAUGACCAGGACAAAAGCUGCAGGCGCGUCUGUGUAUAGCAAUAACAAAAAGGUUAGACAAGGAUGAGGACAUAACAUGUUCCAGAGACUUGGCUUUAGUGGAUCUGAAGGAACAGGUAACUCAAGUGUUUAACAUGUUAAGGAGAUCACUUCUGCAUGACAGCGAAUUUAUUACUCCCUUGGUGCCACUUACUAAGUAAUUUUUUUUUUUUUACCUUUCAUGGUCUGCAGUUCAUGUUAAAUCAGUAAUUUAUUAAAUGCUCAAAAUCAGUUCAAAAUUCAGAAUUUUGAUUAAAUGAUAUUCAAAGUAAAAAGUAAAGCUAUCCCUAUAACAGGCCAUGAAGACCC